AUCUAAAUAGAAAAAGUAGAAAUAGAAAGCUUCCACGUUUGUGUUUCUUAGCUUGGAGACAUGAACAUUGAACACACGAGUGAGGAUGAGAGAAGAAGAAUCGUCAAAAUGCUUUUAGACUUUAGAAAGACACUCUCCAACCUAUUUUAGCUUUACUCUUUCUCAUCUCAACCAUGUCUGAUAGGGUGGAAACAGUUGCAAGAUUAGCACAAUGGAAAAUCGAUAACUUUGGACCUUGUUCUUACAAAAAAUCCGAUCCUUUUAAGCUCGGAAUUUGGAACUGGCACUUUUCAAUAGUAAGGAAUAGAUUCUUCUCCAUACAUCUUUUUCCAGAAUCUUCUCGUAUUUCUAAGGAACAUCCACCUGUUGCCAGAUUCAUUCUUCGUGUCUCGGUUGCUGGUUCAUCUCGCAAAUUUAUUAUUUCUCCUGUUUAUGAAAGGCUGCUUAGGACACAAGAUGACUUUGUCUGGCCUGUUGACACUGCUUUUAUGGGCCGCUUCAUCAUUGAUGUUGAGUUUCUUGACCUGAAGAUAUGCCAUAUGAAUGGUGGAGAACCUAGUUCUGUAUGGUCAUAUGAUGGAAAUUCACAAUGUGUUGAAGCUCAAAGAAGUACUCUCCAUUGCCUCUCUCGCAUGCUUGAUGAGGCUAUACUUGCUGACCUAACCAUUAUCACGGCUGAUGGUACGUUGAGAGCUCACAAGGCAAUUUUGUCAGCGAGUUCCCCCGUGUUUCAAAGCAUGUUUCAUCACAACCUAAAGGAAAAAGAGUCUUCAACAAUCCAUAUCGAAGACAUGUCACUUGAAUCAUGCACUGCUCUUCUAAGUUACUUGUAUGGAACAAUUAAACAAGAAAAUUUCCGCAAACACUGUCUUGCAUUGCUCGGAGCCGCCAAUAAGUAUGAUAUUGGUAGUCUUAAAGAUUUAUGUGAGGAAAACCUUCUGGAAGAUAUUAACUCAAACAAUGUUCUUGAGAUGCUAAAUGAGGCUUGGUUUUAUCAAUUACACAAGUUAAAGAAAGGAUGUUUAACAUUCUUAUUUGAAUUUGGUAAAAUAUAUGAUGUUAAAGAUGAUGAAAUAAAUAACCUUUUCCAGCAUGCAGAUAGGGAGCUAGUGAUGGAGAUGUUUCAGGUGAUGCUUACAAUUUCCAACCCAGAAUAGGUUAGUUAAUUGUAUGGGAAAAUUAUUUGCCACUUGGAUCAUGUAAAUGGUAUAUCAAUGUGUAUAUUCGCCUUUACUCAAAAAAAUUUGUCAAGUAUCCUGAUGGUAUAUCUAGAGUUUGAACUCCAGGCCCUACAAUAAUGUCUCUAAUAGCUACCAAUUGAGCUGCAUUUACGAGACGCAUAACACGCGUUUACUCAGUU